AUUGGCUCCUCCCCGCCCGCCCCGGGCUGCCAUUGGCUGGAGGAGCUGCCGCUCGGGCGGGGCCGCCGCGGCCGGAUGUUGUUGCGGGGAGCGCGCGGCCUGGCGGGGGCGCGCCGGGGGACGGGCCUCAGCACAAGGUGGUGUUUCCUCAGGACCUCCCGGGUGGCACCAGCAGCCGCAGAGGGGUCCCCCCCCCCGCACCCCCACCCCACCAAUAUCUCCGGCCUUCGGGAACUUUCAGACACUCCAGCAAAAGCCAGCGGCACCUCGGACACCCCGGAGGGCAAUGGAGGGACGGGUGCCCCCCAGGGCAAGGGGGAGGUCCCCCCGCUGCCCCCCCCACCCACCCACUGCUGCGGGACCGGCUGCCCCAACUGCGUCUGGGUGGGGUACGUGGAGGAGCUGCUGCAGCGGUGCCGGGACGGGGGGGAACAGGCCUUGGCGGCCGUGGAGCAGCACGUGGAGGAUGAGAACCUGAAAAUGCUCCUCAGGAUGGAGAUCCGGCUGCGUGCCAAGAGGGACUGAUCCUCCCCUGGCUCCCAAAACCUGGUGGGUGACACCCCUGGGAGCGUCUGCUCCGAGCUGGGUGGUGGGAUCCAGACUCAGCUUGUAUUAAGUUAUUUAUUUGUGUCUGUUGAGCUCCAGGGGUAGGUCCGAGCCCCACCAGGGACCCGCAUGGCAUUGUGCACGGGAUCCCAUGUGUGUUUCAAUACAGUGUCCAGGUCA